CUCAGCAAGCAGAAGAGGAGCCGGCGGAUGAAGGCCAACGACCGGGAGAGGAACCGCAUGCACCACCUCAACUCCGCCCUGGACGCGCUCCGCAGCGUCCUGCCCACCUUCCCCGACGACACCAAGCUCACCAAGAUCGAGACCCUGCGCUUCGCCUACAACUACAUCUGGGCCCUCUCCGAGACCCUCCGCCUGGCCGAGCAGUGCCUCCCGCCGCCCCCCGCCUUCCGCGGGGCCGCCCCGCCCCCCAGCCCCGGCAGCGAC